AUGACAAAUGAAAGCAUAAAAAAUUUAACUGACGAUUCAAUUAUCGUCUGGUUAGAUAGUGGUAUUGAAAAGACUAAAAGUAAUCAAGAUACAAAAGCACAAAUACGACAACUGGUUAGAGGUAAUUUAUUAACAUAUGAUGAUCCGGAUAAAUGUAUUCAUGAUAUAACCGAUGAACUAACAGCAAAACGAGUCUUCUUUAUUGUUUCUAAUGCAUUUGGUCAAUCUGUUGUGCCACUUAUAUACGAGAUACCAAACAUACAAGCGAUAUACAUAUUUUGUGGUAAUCGACAGGUAGCAGAAAGAUGGGCUAAGCCAAAUUUUAAAAUCUUUGGUAUAUUCACAGAAAAACGAAAACUAUUAGAUAAAAUUGCUAAUGUUGUUGUUACGUAUGAUAAAUAUAAAGAUUUACCAAUGAGUAUAUUUCACCUUGCAGAACAACAAUAUACAUUGAAACAAUUAACCAAAGAAAGUAGAGCGUUUAUGUGGUAUCAGGUAAUAUUGAAAGUUCUUCAAUUAAUGGCAAAAUACGGUAAUUCAAAAGAUGAAAUGAUCGCUGAGUCUAAAGCAAGUUAUUGUGAUAAUGAAAAAGUCAAAGAGAAAAUAGACGAUUUUGACAAAAAUUAUUAUCCAAUGAAAGCGUUGUGGUGGUAUACAUGUGAUAGUUUUGUAUAUCGAUUAUUAAAUAAAGCAUUACGCACACAAAACACUGAAAUUAUAUUUAAAUUUCGAUUUUUCAUCAAUGACCUUCAGAAUCAAAUCGAACAACUUUACCAUCAAUAUUUAGAUAAGCAGUCUUCAAUUAUUGAUCAUCAUUUAACAGUUUAUCGCGGUCAACAUUUAAGUAUGACAGAACUUGAUUUACUUAAAAGUAAUGUAAAUGAACUUAUUUCAAUGAAUAGUUUCUUAAGUGCUACAUUAAAGCAACCAGUAGCUGAAGUUUUUGCUGGUAUUACUGAUCAAUUGAAUGAACCAUCACCAUUACAGUCUGUUUUUUUCAUAAUUGAUAUUUGUAAUAUGAGUAAAGAAACGACACCAUUCGCAUUUAUACAAAACUAUUCGUCUUGUCCAGAUGAAGAAGAAGUACUUUUUACGAUAGGCGCUAUUUUUAAAGUUCAAUCAGUUGAACAACACGGUAACAUUUGGCAUGUGCACUUACAGCUAAGUAAAGAACAAAAAGAAAUUAGUCAAAGUCUAUCGGAUCACAUGAUGAAACAAAUUGGAUCAGAACCAGAUCCAUUGUUAUUCGCAUGGUUUCUUUGCCGAAUGAAUAAAUUUGAUGAAGCUGAGCGUUAUGUGAAUUUAAUACUUACACAACUUCCACCGAAUGAUAAAGGAACUGGAGAUGCUUACAACUUACUUGGUCUUAUCUAUAAAGCUAUUCAUAAGCUGGAACAAUCUGUUGAAUGUUAUGAAAAAUCGCUUGAAAUUUAUUCUCAACUGAACUAUCACCAUAGUCCUCGAGCUAUUGCUACUCAUUGUAAUCUUGGUUUGGUUUAUUUAGAAUCAGGAGAUACUCGAAGUGCAAAAGAACAACAAGAACAAGCCGAAGAGAAGUUGUCCAAGUCUCCACAAGCAAAGGAUUCAUUACUCAUAGCUAUAGUAGAGGGUCUCAAAGCGAAAAUUCAAACAGAAUAUGGUGAUAAUGUAAAUGCUUUGAAAAAGUAUGAACUUGCCUUAAAAAGUAAACGGGAUCAAUUACCAUCAAAUCAUCCUUCGAUAGCAUCAACGUUAAAUGAUAUAGGUAUUGUUCAAGAAAAAAUAAACAAUGAUGUUAAAGCACUUGAAUAUUUUCAACAAGCACUGACAAUCGGUAACGAAAGCUUACCAGCUGAUCACUUAGAUUUAGUUGAUUAUCAUACAAAUAUUGGUCGUAUUUAUGACAAACAGAAACAAUUUAGAAUUGCUUUGCAAGAAUUUGAAUUAGCACUUAAAAUUAUGCAAGAAUUUCCACGAGAAGAAACUGAUAGGAUUGGAAAGUUAGAGAAAUACAUCGCUGACACGAAAAAAAAGCUAAGUCAGCUAUAA